UCCCCUUUUCUUUCCGCCUUCUGCCAGCCGAAGCAGCCGCCGCAGCACCUGAGCCGCAACUGCCGCUCGCUCAGGACAACGCUAUGGCUGAGCCCUGUCACAGCCACCAUCCCUCUGCCAGAGGCAGAGGAAGAACUGAGAGGCGCACAUUCCGGCUUCUGUGGCUGCUGCUCUGGGCUGGGACCGCCUUCCAGGUGACCCAGGGAACCGGACAGGAGCUUCACGCGUGCAAAGAGUCGGAGUACCACUAUGAGUACACCGCAUGUGACAGCACAGGUUCCAGGUGGAGGGUCGCCGUGCCGCACACCCCAGGCCUGUGCACCAGUCUCCCUGACCCCGUCAAGGGCACCGAGUGCUCCUUCUCUUGCAAUGCCGGGGAGUUUCUGGAUAUGAAGGACCAGUCCUGCAAGCCGUGCGCUGAGGGCCGCUACUCCCUUGGCACGGGCAUCCGGUUCGACGAGUGGGAUGAGCUGCCCCAUGGCUUUGCCAGCCUCUCAGCCAACAUGGAGAUGGAUGAGAGCAGCGCAGAGUCCACUGAGAACUGCACUUUGUCCAAGUGGGUUCCACGGGGUGAUUACAUCGCCUCCAACACCGACGAGUGCACAGCCACACUGAUGUACGCUGUCAACCUGAAGCAGUCCGGCACUGUUAACUUUGAGUACUACUACCCAGACUCCAGCAUCAUCUUUGAGUUUUUUGUCCAGAAUGACCAGUGCCAGCCCAAUGCAGAUGACUCCAGGUGGAUGAAAACCACGGAGAAAGGAUGGGAAUUCCACAGCGUCGAGCUAAAUCGGGGUAAUAAUGUCCUCUAUUGGAGAACCACAGCCUUCUCAGUGUGGUCCAAAGUUUCCAAGCCCGUGCUUGUGAGAAAUAUUGCCAUAACAGGGGUAGCCUACACUUCAGAAUGCUUCCCCUGCAAACCUGGCACAUAUGCAGCUAAGCAGGGCUCCUCUUUCUGCAAACUUUGUCCAGCCAAUUCUUACUCAAAUAAAGGAGAAACCUCUUGCCACCCAUGUGAUCCUGACAAAUACUCAGAAAAAGGAUCCUCUUCCUGCAAGGUACGCCCGGCCUGCACAGACAAAGAUUAUUUCUACACACACACCGCCUGUGAUGCCAAUGGAGAGACACAGCUCAUGUACAAAUGGGCCAAGCCGAAAAUCUGUGGCGAGGACCUGGAGGGAGCGGUAAAACUCCCUGCAUCUGGUGUGAAGACCCGCUGCCCACCCUGCAAUCCAGGCUUCUUCAAAACCAACAACAGCACCUGCGAGCCCUGUCCUUAUGGCUCCUACUCCAAUGGCUCUGAUUGUGUCCACUGCCCAGCUGGGACUGAACCUGCUGUGGGAUUUGAAUACAAAUGGUGGAACACGCUGCCCGCAAACAUGGAAACAACUGUUCUCAGUGGGAUCAACUUUGAGUACAAGGGCCUGACAGGCUGGGAGGUAGCUGGUGAUCACAUAUAUACAGCUGUUGGCGCUUCAGACAAUGACUUCAUGAUUCUCACUCUGGUUGUGCCAGGAUUUAGAUCUCCACAGUCGGUAAUGGCAGACACAGAGAAUAAAGAGGUGGCCAGGAUCACAUUUAUCUUUGAGACCAUCUGUUCCGUGAACUGUGAGCUCUACUUUAUGGUGGGCAUGAAUUCUAGAACCAACACUCCUGUGGAAACGUGGAAAGGCUCCAAAGGCAAACAGUCCUACACCUACACCAUCGAGGAGAAUGCCACCAUGAGCUUCACCUGGGCCUUCCAGAGGACCACUCUCCAUGAGACUGGCAGAAAGUACACCAAUGACGUUGCCAAGAUCUACUCCAUCAAUAUCACCAAUGUCAUGGAUGGGGUGGCCUCCUACUGCCGCCCCUGUGCCCUAGAAGCCUCUGACAUAGGCUCCUCCUGCACCUCUUGUCCUGCUGGUUACUAUAUUGACCGAGAUUCUGGAACCUGCCAUUCCUGCCCCACAAACACAAUCCUGAAAGUCCACCAGCCUUAUGGUGCCCAGGCCUGCAUGUCCUGUGGUCCAGGGACCAAGAGCAAUCAGAUCCAUUCUCUCUGCUACAAUGAUUGCACCUUCUCACGCACCACUCCAUCCAGGAUUUUCAACUACAACUUCUCAGAUUUGGCAAACACCCUCUCCUUGUUUGGAGGGCCAAGCUUCACUUCAAAGGGGUUGAAAUAUUUUCAUCACUUUACCCUGAGUAUCUGUGGAAACCAGGGUAAGAAAAUGUCUGUGUGCACUGACAAUGUCACUGACCUCCGAAUUCCUGAGGGCGAGUCAGGUUUCUCCAAAUCCAUCACAGCCUACAUCUGCCAAGCAGUCAUCAUUCCUCCAGAGGUGACAGGUUAUAAGGCCGGGGUGUCCUCACAGCCUGUCAGUCUUGCUGAUCGACUUGUUGGAGUGUCAACAGAUACGACAAUGGAUGGAAUCAGCUCCCCAGCUGAACUUUUCCACCCGGAAACUUCAGGAAUACCGGAUGUGAUCUUCUUUUUUAGGUCCAAUGAUGUCACCCAGUCUUGCAGUUCUGGAAGAUCAACCACUAUCCGCAUCAGAUGCAAUCCAUCGAAACCUUCCUCUGGAAGCCUGUUACUGCCAAGCAUGUGCUCUGAUGGGACCUGCGAUGGCUGUAACUUCCACUUCCUGUGGGAGAGUGUGGCUGCUUGUCCACUGUGCUCGGCUGCCGACUACCACACUUUUGUCAGCAGCUGUGUCGCUGGGAUCCAGAAGACUACUUACAUGUGGCGAGAACCAAAGUUAUGCUUCCGUGGCAUCUCCCUGCCUGAGCAGAGAGUCACCAUCUGCAAAACAAUAGAUUUCUGGCUGAAAGUGGGCAUCUCUGCAGGCACUUGUACUGCCAUCCUACUGACUGUCUUAACUUGCUACUUUUGGAAAAAGAAUCAAAAGCUAGAAUACAAGUACUCCAAACUGGUGAUGAACACUACCCUCAAGGACUGUGACCUGCCAGCAGCUGACAGCUGUGCCAUCAUGGAAGGCGAGGAUGUAGAAGAUGACCUUAUCUUUACCAGCAAGAAGUCACUCUUUGGGAAGAUCAAAUCGUUUACCUCCAAGCAGCCAGCUCCUGUCACCAUCUCUCUUUCAGAGGACUCCUGACGGAUUUGACUCAGUGCCAUUGAAGACAUCCUCAGGAGGCCCAGACAUGGACCUGUGAGGGGUGUCACCCUGCCUCACCUGCCUCCUCACUUUGGCACAUCACCUAGCAAGCCUGAGGCAAUUUGGGUGCCAGCAUCCUGCAAUAUCCACUGCUGGAAAUCUCUUCAUUGUGGCCUUAUCAGAAGAAGUUUGAAUUUCAGAUCUUGGUUUUUUUUUUUUUUUUUUAAUAGAGUACCCAAACCUUCCUUUCUGCUUGCCUCAAACCUGCCAAAUAUACCCACACUUUGUUUGUAUAUUAUUCCCUUGCUUGCAUCUUGUUUCCUAAACCGGCACAGCCAAGGAAGCUGUCAUAGCCUCAUCUGCCCAUCAUUCUUGUAACUCUAGAGUGAAAAGAUUUCUCCUCUUCUUAAGUAUAAGAAUGACUCCUUCUGUCCUCUUAAGGGCAGAAACAGCUGGGAGUCUUCCUGAUCAUAUGCCCUCAGCUCAUGAUCUCUUUAGGGGAGAGGCUGAGUAGGGGGGGUGUCUAGGUUCUCUGGUGGAUGAUCUUCAUGGUAGCCUGAAUCCAUUUUUUCCUAAAUAAUCAGCUCAGGAUGAGGGUAAUGGAUAGUUCUAGGCCAAGGUGAGUAAGGCCUGCAUAAGAAGAGGCUUGAGAAGCACAAAGAGAGGCAGUAAGGAAGGGUUUUGUUUUGUUUUGUUUUAUAACCAGGUACCUCAUUUUCUUUAGUAAUAAAUAUUCUCACAGAAGCCAAAGGAAAAAAGUUUAUCAAGUAAAUACCCAGAGCCCUCGUGGAUCUAGUCUCUGCCCUCCCUCCUUUUUUUCUUUAUACACACACACACACACACACACACACACACAUCCCACCAUCUCUUUAUGACACUAAAGACAACCAGGUAAGCCCCAAACCCCUAUGUCUAGCCUUAUCCUCGAUUGGCUUUUAUCGACAUAGCAAACUCUUGCCACUGAGGACAGUUUCAUCCUUGGGCACCCUAUCCUUGGGACCAUAUUCCAGGACAGGUAAAAGAACAUAGGAGGCCAAGGUGUUAAUGUGGCAUCCCGGGGAUUACAUCCCACAAUGGCAUGGACGUGAGGUGGCCAUAAUGUGUGCUUCUGACUUAUCUGCUCAGCCACAAAAUCCAGUAACUCCUAGGCUAGCCAGAAAGGGAAUCAGAACCCCCACAAUAGAACCAGACUGGUCUUCAAGGAGGGAAGACUAGGGGAGUCUAAAAAAAGAUGUGCACCAAACUGGAAUGCUUCUCAUUUCUUUUAUGCAAUAAAAAGCUAAAAGGACUUUUGGCAACACAUCCUUUGACCAGUUAAUAGAGUGGAUGAACUCUGCCCAGAUCCUACUUUUACACAACUAUAAUCAAUGAACUUGAAUGGUAAAACCAGAGCAAAACUUUCAAUUAUCUUUUUCUUUCUACAACUUUCCUUCUGGCAAUUCUCCCUCCCUUACAAUCAGGCCUGCACAACCAUCCCAAGCCCCAGUUGCCCAUGAUUUGUACCUGUGCCCUUUCUGCAGUGGUCAUAUGGUGAACAGAUAGUAUUAGAAUGGAGUGGUUUGUGUGCUACUAAGUUGUUUGCUCAUUUUAUUAGCCACAAUAGUCUAAUGAGAGUCUGUGAUAAGUGGAGCUAGGCCGUUGAUAGCAUCUGUGGUGGCAGGGAGUCCCUUUGACUCAAUAUAUCUAGCUUUUAUUGGGCAGAGCCACAGUCUCCCUCCUGUUGUGGGAGUCAGGCUUUCAGAACCUGAAGCCAUACUAGAAGUCCCCCAUGGAUGCACAUAGACUCCAGUCUUCUGCAGCCUCAGCAUCAGCAACUGGGCAUCUCUGCUCCCCACUGAAUAACUGCCUCUUGUAACAGGGGCCACCGUUGGUCCUCCAGCUGUUCUGUAAGGACUGCAAAAAAGUACACCCCUUUGACUUCUUUAUUGUGGCCUAGAUGCCCUCAGAGUAACCUCAAACUCCACUCAUUUAGUUUAUAGCACUUUAAGGAUCUCCUUUUUACUUCCCAUUACUGGGCUGAUUUCCACUGGAAGGGGUCACCUUUUGAUCCCCUGGCAACAUAGAUACUCCAGAUAUUUUAAAUACAGAUUUAUUGAGAUUUAAUCUACAUAUCAUAUAAUUUGCCCAUUUAAAAUAUACAAUUCUGUGGCUUUUUGCAUAUUCAUAGAAUUGCAUGUAUUUUUUUUUCCUGCAGUGCUGGGAUGGAACCCAGGGCCUCUCACAUGUGGGGCAAGUGAGUUACACCCCAGCCCUGUACAUUCAUUUCAGAACAGACACAUAGUAGAUCUGUUAUGGGGGGAAAGACUUUAGUCCUUGACCCAGAGUGGUUUUCACAAGCUAUUAGGGGAGAGUGUGUGGCUCAGGAGAUAAAAUAUUUAGAUCCUGUUUGGUCACCUAGAGUCCUGGCACCCAUAACUAACUUUCAUCCUGUAGCUAUCACCUGUAUUUAUUUAGCUGGGAAUACCAAUGAAGAUUGUGGUGUAUCCAAGGACCAGGGGAUUUCUUAUGCCAACAAAAGAAAAAAAUUUUUUUAGUCUGACUCUACAUUAAAGAUAAGACUGACUAUAUUUAUACAGCAGAGACUUUGUAACAGAUUUUUCAGAUUUGUGAAAUCAAAUUUUUGUCUCAUCAGGAAUGGUUGGAUUUCCUUUUUAUUCUGUAUUCUAAGCAUUUAUAGUUUGUUAGGGGAUGGGUAAUGCAUGUUACAUUUUUUUUGUGUGUGUGAAAUAAAAACAUGCCUUUUGA